AUGGUCAUCGGAACGAUAUCCGCUCUACUCUUUGCUUUUGUUUUGUUCUAUGGAUGGCCGAAAUUUAGAGAGGCUCCAUUCUAUCAAAUCGUUUGCUGUCUAACGAUCACCGAUUCUUUACAUCUUCUUCUCCAAUGGCUCAUCGUUUAUCCAAGCCUUUUCGGCCUUGUCCCAGAAGGAUCUUUCCUCGAUUGGCUACAAAAUUCUGUUGUCGGUCAGAAUGGACUCGAUUUCACCGAUCAGGCUCUUUUCGUCUUUGUCACUUUGAUCACUCUCAAUCGUUUUGCGGUUUUCAUCGCACAACCAUUGCUCAUUUUAUUCACAAAAAGAACAACCCCAAUCACAAUUCUUGUCUCACUUCUCCUUUUGAUUCUACUCUGUUUUUUUCGUGAAAAGGCGCAAAGUGGAAAGCAUUUUGAUGAGACGCAAAUGAUGUUCUCUCAUCAAACUCAAGAAUCGACUGGGGAGAACACUAUCCAAACGGUGAUGGCUGUUAUUCAGUACACAAUGCCAGCGGUGAAUCUCGUUUGUUACGUGUUUAUUUAUCUCAAAUUGAGGAAACAAAGAUCUGAGAGCAUCAGCGCGUCAAAGAGCUCCGAUCGGGGACUUUUGAUUCAAGCUUUCAUUGAAUCCUGCUUACUUGAGUUGAUGCGUAUCAUCGAUAUGAUCCCUCAACCAGCAGAUGAUCCAACGGGAAUGUCACUGGUGAGCAUGCUCAUCAACACACUCAAGACGAUUUCUUCAGUCGUAAAUCACACAUGCAAUUCCCUCUUUUUCCUCACCACAAACAACACAGUGAAGGGUGUGCUCCGAUCGCUGCCUUGCUUUCAAAACUGUUCCCAUCCAUCAAAGCGACGUCCACCAUCCGUUUCAUCAGUGAAUGUCAGCAAGAUCACUCUCACUAGUAAACAUAAAAACUCUGAAAAUUCG